AUAAUGACACACAUUGCGGGUCAGUUAGGAAUAUUAUUUAUCUGGUUUAAACUGGUUUGAAUAGAUCCAUACCUUGAUCUAUACAAACAAUAACAAUGCAAUAUUUAGGUGUCCAGCUCACGUGGCACCACUGAACUUAGUAUUAAUUCUACAAGAUCGUGGGCCAUUUGGACGUAGAUUUGACAAAAUGAGCGUAAAGACACAUUACGACUAUAUUGUGGUUGGUUGCGGUGGUGUCGGAAGUGCAACCAUUUAUUGGCUUGCCAAGAAUGGCGGAGGUAUGAGAAAUGGAGUGGAGAGGUACUGAGACAGAAUUAUCCUCAGUGGACUGUUGGAUCUGACAUUGCAAGUAUAUACCAAGCGGACGGCGGUCUUGUUGACGCAGCCCAAGGUAAUUCUACUCAUGUGCAGAUGGCGCGCAAGCAUGGUGCUACAAUUUUAACUGAUCUGAGCGUGACGCGACUUUCAAGGAUUGCACCAGAUCACAUGAUGGUUCACACGACUGGCGGUGUCUUUCACUGUAAGCGCGUUAUUGUGUGUGCUGGUGCGUGGAUCAACAGCAUUCUAGGGUCUGUCGGGGUUCAUAUUCCUGUGAAAGUGACGCAAGAACAAGUGACGUACUACGGAACACCACACGUCAAAGAAUUUACUAAGGAGAGGUUUCCGGUAUUCAUGUUCCAUGAAGGAAAAUACGAUGUUUAUGGGUUACCUAUGCAUGGCAAUACUGGAAGUAAAAUAGGUAUCGAUGCAAGAGGCAAAGUAGUUACAGCGUCAACAAGAACAUACCAACCAAAUGCAGAAGUAGAACAGGAACAAAACGAAUUCCUUUCAAAGUAUAUUCCAAAGGCAUUAGGUCCUAAGAUGUACACAAAAACUUGCCUUUACACCAUGACCCUGGACCGCCAUUUUGUUGUAGAUACAUGUGCCAGCACGGGACAUCCAGAGGUGAUUGUUUGUUGCGGCGCCGGUCAUGCUUAUAAAUUUGCCAGUGUCCUAGGCCAAAUACUUAGUGAUCUUGCCAUGAAGGGGAAGACGACCUUUGACAUUACACAAUUCACUAUGGAUCGCCGAGCGAUCAAGGAUCCACUCUUUAAACCAAAUUUAAUCUUAGGCAACCAUAAUUCAUCCAAACUGUAGAACAUUACAGUGGCGUACAUCCAGGAUUUAGAAGAGUUAAAUUGCAGAUAAUAUCAAAGAAUAUUGCACAAAAUUGGACCAAUAAAAGCGAAGUAUAAUUUUUUUUAAACAUUUUUUUUGGAACAAACACUUUUAAAUUUAAGGAUUAUACACCAUCGUUUGUAAGUCUGUUUAGAUCUUACUUUACAGCAUUCAUGCAGCAGAUGAUAGUUUUUAUAUAAUUAAAAUAAUAAUAAUAAUAAUACGAUGCUUAUCUUUGUUUAACCUUGUCAGCCAUUUUAAUUAUAUAGGCCUACAUAGGCCUACACUGGUAUGCAAUAAAAACUUGUCAGGCCUUUUUCAAUACUAAUCGAUAUACAGUACUAAAUAAAAGAAAUAAUCAGACAAA